AAUUAGGUGUUGUAAACCAUUGACAGAUUGCACGUGUGCCGCUUUGGCACUCUUCGUUUGUUAUUUUUUUUUAUUUCGAUUUUAAAUAAUCAGUGAAAAUGACUGCUGUAGAGCCAGCAACAAAGAAGAAGCGCAUCUCGAAGAAGAACAAAUCUGCGUGGCGCAAGACAGACAUCCAAGAUGUGGAGCAGUUCCUCGAAGAUCAGCGCCAAGAGGAGCGCAUUGGGACAUUCACGGACAAGCAGGAUGAGGAUCUGUUCGUUCUCGACUCCAGCCCGCAGAAAGCCAAGCCCACCGUUUUGAGUGUAAAGCAAAAAAGGAAGCUGAACGCCAAAAAACCCAUGCGCACCUAUCAGGCUCUGGAGAACACAUCCCGGGUGCAGGAUCCCAUUGCUAAGCGUAACCAUGUGCGCCAGAAGAAGAACGGACGCAACAUCGAACUGGAGGUUUGCAAUCCCACCAAACCCCGUCAUCGCCAGGCAAACAGUGAUCGCGCCAAGUACUACGAGAAGCUGGAGCAGCGACUGGAGGACAAGAAGAACAAGAAGGUGGCCAUCGACAAGGACAUAUGGCAGGAUGUUGACUUCCGCGACGCCAUUCCCGGUCUCAAGGACGAGAAGGGCUGGAUCAGUCGCGAUCUAGCUCUGCACACAGCCGCAAAUAUUGGCAAGAGGGUGGUCAAAACACACGCCAGUCUGCACCACAGAACCACCAAAGCCAAGAAAUUCGAGCUGCCGCAUCCGGGCAUGAGCUACAAUCCUGCGCCGGAGGAUCACCAGGCUCUGAUUGAACAGGUGGUGGAACGCGAGGAGGGCAUCAUCAAAAAGGAGCAGCACCUGAAGCGCGUGACCACCAGCAUGUUCUCGAAAGUGACGCCCGAGGAGAGGGACCGCCGUCACUUGCAGGAAAUGAGCCAGGGCAUCGAGGAGGAGGAGGAGGGCGGGGCUGAAGGUGAGCAGGAUAAGGCCGAUCAGGAUGAGGAUGCGGACAAGCCCUACCACACAAUCAACGCCCCCGUGGAGAACAAGAAGAAGAGCAAGCAGGCCCGCCGCAAGGAGCUCAAGCAAAAGGAACUGGCUCGCCAAACGGAGCUCAAGAGGAAGCUCAAGCAACAGACUGCUGAUCUGAUACGCAUCAAAUCAAUUCGCCACGAGUUGGACGACGAGGAGGAGGAUUUGAACGAACUGAAGAAGCGACGCAAGCAGCGUGCGGAGAAGGCCAAGUUUGAGCCGAAACGCCUGGGGCGGCACAAGUUCGAGGAGGCCGAUCUGGAUGUCAACCUGCCCGAGGAUCUGGCCGGCAAUCUGCGCAACGUGAAACCGGAGAGCAGCCUGCUCAAGGAUCGCUUCAAGACGCUGCAGCGCAACAAUAUGCUGCCCACGACAAAGUUGGUCAGCCGCAAGAAGGCCAAGGUCAAGCGGUACGAGCGCAACAGCCACAAGGAGCCGGGCGUCAGCUAUCAGGACCUCAAGGAUCGCCGCAAGGCGGCCGCUGCUGCAGCAAAGGCUUCCGCCGACAUCAAGAUAUAGUU